UGACAAUAGCACGUAUGGACAAGAUUGUCGCCUGUGUCACUGCAUGGAUGGGGUGGCAUGCAAUCAAACGACGGGAGCGUGUCCUGGUAACUGCGCCCCAGGAUUUACCGGUAUCAAUUGCCAAGAAAACUGUCUUCCAUUCAAUGGCAGUAAGGCAUCAUGCAGCACAACCUGCACAGAUUUCCUAGACCCUUUUGAUGAGUCCUUCGCACCCGUGAUAACUGCAUCCUUUAGUUCCUUCCAAAAUGAGCCAAGGAGGGAGUUCACUUGGAACCCUGUCAACUGUUCUAACGGCUCCAUCAUUGAGAACUACGUUUACAAGUUUGGGCUGUACAACAGUGACGAGGAACCUGAUGUAGUACGGACUGAAGGUUUGUUUGUAGUGGUACCUAUCCCACGAUGUGGUCCGCAGUAUGAAUUUGAAGUGGCAGCGGAAACCACCAAAGGCACUGGACCAUUCAGCUUUAAACGUAGAUUUCACAGCGAUCGGAAAGCCCCAGGUGCAAUUGGAGCUCAAAUUACCGCCCGGAAAACCAAUUAUAACAGCUUGAUUCUAUCGUGGACCGCGCCAUAUAUCACCGAAGAUUACCCUUGUCCUGCAUCCAACUAUCUGGUUACCGUUGACCUCAUAAACCUGGGCAAGUGUAGCGAAGUUCGUCGACAAAUUGAAUGGAUGAAUGUAACCGCUUCGAACAUCACUUUAGACGACCUGGAAGCAUACUCUACUUACAGUGUGUCGGUUACACCGCAAAAUGACUUUGGUGAUGGUUUGAUGACAUCGUCUGAAGUAACAACUGGGGAAACCACUCCACAGGCUUCUCCUACAUUCAACAGCAGCGUAGUAACGAUAGGAAGCAUCACGUGGACAUGGAACUCCAUCCCUUGCGGGAGCAGGGGUGGUGAGAUUAUCCUCUACGCAACAAGUUUGAAAACAUCCAACCUGACUGUGGAUGAAAAGAAUGUAUCAACCACUUCAGUGAAAUACACUGGACUGCUAGCCUGUACACGAUACACCGUGAGUGUCUGGGCUUACACGAAAGCAGGGAGAGGAGAGCGGUCCAAUGAUACACGACUAACGAAGACUGAUGUGCCAUUUGCCGUGUCAGAUAUUAUUAGCCACGUUGUGUCACCCAGACGGAAUGAAUUCGCUAUUCAAUGGACGGCCUUGGAUGAAAGAUGCCGUGCAACAUCGUACAGAGUUACAUACGAACUUUUCGAGUUGGACCAUUGCAAGAGGCAGCCAUCGUUAGUUGUUACAUGUGUUGGAACAGUCAACACCACUCACGCUACAAUUUAUUUCACUGCUUUUUACUCAAAGUACCGAGUAAACAUCGCUCCGGUUAAUGAUGCUGGUGAAGGCGAAAUAAAUUCCAUCGAUUUAUUUACUAAUGAAAGCAUACCAAUUGCAGCACCGGUUCUUCGAAGAGCAGUGUCCAAUGACAUCAUCACAUUUUCCUGGGAUCCAAUUCCGUGUGGCAGUAGACAAGGAAACAUCACACACUUCGAGUACAGAUUUCAAAAGCAAAACCAGCAGGGACAAUUCGAAACUAUCGACAGCAAUAAUGUCACAAAUCGAUCGGUUACCAUCCCCAAUUUCUCGUCAUACACAAACUACUCGAUCAGAGUUCGGGCAUACACUCGCAUAGGACCAGGACCAUGGAAAAUCUGGACACUACAAGGUGAUCCCGAAACUCCUGGGAGUAGUUUUGUAGGCAUUGUUGUGGGCGUCGUUGUUUUCCUCUUGUUAGCCGUGGUUACUACGCUGCUGGUAGCUGCUUUUGUGAGGAAGAGACGACAGCAGAGAGGGAAAUCACUGAGUGUAGACAGCAAUGUGGACGGGAUCCAGGCUAUUUGUGCAGACGCCAAACAGUGUAAUGUUGAACUUCAGGGUCGUCCAUCGAGGUCCGGCUACAGAGCAUCUGCUGAUACAUCGGUAUCAGCUGAUGAGUCGCCCAAACUUAGACCAUCCACAACGUCCACUGAUUCAUCAAAACCUGGCCCAUCUUCUAAUGCACCUCUUAAUAAGUCUACACCCUAUGUCAAGCCUCAUGCCAAGCCCAAGACCUCUCAAAGUUUCCCCCAAGCCGGUCCGGUGGCCAUGGCACAUCUGGCAGAAUAUAUCAAGAGGAAGACAUCGGGAAAGAUCAGUGGAUUUCAACAAGACUAUGAGUUGAUCCCAGGAGAACCUCUUUACUCUUGGAGUGUGGCCAAACAAGAUCACAACAAGAAGAAGAACAGAUACAACAACAUUUUGGCCUAUGACUGUUCUCGCGUUGUCUUAGAGUGUCUCAAAGAUGACCCACAAUCAGACUACAUCAACGCCUCUUACAUCAACGGCUACAAGCAAGAAUCCAAGUAUAUUGCUUGUCAAGGACCCUCUUCGACAUCAGUGAACGACAUGUGGCGCAUGGUGUGGCAGGAGAGAGUUGGAAAGAUCGUCAUGCUGACAAACUUGAUCGAGAAUGGCAAGGGGAAAUGCGAGCAGUAUUGGCCAGAUGAGAACGGGGCAGUUUACGGUGAUCAGUUUAUCCGGAAAGUUGACGAAACACCACACUCCAAUUUUGUAGUGAGGACUUUCCACAUUUCCAAAAGCAGUGAGCCUGAAGGUGAAUAUCGUGAGUUGAUCCAUUUCCAGUACAUCACCUGGCCAGACAUGAAAGUACCUGAAUCCUCACCAUUACUUCAGUUUGUAAGGGUAAUCCGGGCAACAGAAACGUCCCAACACGGACCUAUUGUGGUUCAUUGCAGCGCUGGAGUUGGUCGCACAGGAACGUUCAUCUCUGUGGAUUCGAUGCUUGACAUGGCCGAGGCAGAGGGCCAAGUUGAUGUCUUGCAAUUUGUCCGUAACAUGAGGGAGCAACGCUUCCUCAUGGUACAGACUUUGAAGCAAUACAGGUUCAUUUUCGAUGUUCUGUUAGAGUCCAGCCUGUCAGAGAACACAGCUAUUAAAGCUGAUCAGUUCCAUCAACAUUACGCCAAACUUAAGAAGUGCGACAAGAAGACGGGCACCAACGGCAUCCAGGCGCAGUUCCAGUUGUUGGAGUCGUUCACUGCAUCUUCGAGCGACGAUCAGUGUAUGGGAGGGAGAAACGCCGCCAACGUUGACAAAAACAGAUUUAAAGACUGCAUUCCUAAGGAUAGUACCCGGCCCUAUCUGAUGACAAAUGGUCGUGAAGGCAGUACCAACUACAUCAAUGCAGCUUUCCUGGAUGGUCACAAAGGCGAGAAUGCCUAUCUAGCCACCCAGGCUCCCCUACCUAACACAGCGGGUGACAUCUGGAGAAUGGUGUUUGACUAUAAAUCAUUCUGCAUGGUCAUGCUCAAUUCCAUGGACGAUGACCCAAGCGUUGUCCAGUAUUGGCCUGAGAAGGACAGCUUACAGUUUGGCCCCUUGGCCGUUACAUUCAAACGUGAGGACCGACACAGCAACGACAUCAUCAUACGGCUGUUUGAUGUUACCUAUCCACUCAGAAAGAGUGACGAGGUUCAGAGCGUUUGCCAUAUCCAGUACCUAGGAUGGCCCUCUGGGAAGGAGGUUCCAAACUCACCUUCUAGUCUCCUCAAGGUGCUGGAGGCUGUUAAGGUGUGGACCAGAGACCACCCAGACGGACCCAUCACUGUCCACUGCAUUGAUGGUGUUGGAUGCAGUGGAACCUUCUGUGCCAUACUCACUCUUAUGGAUCACCUCUUGGAGGAGAAGGUUGUAGACGUUUUUCAAGCUGUCAAGAAACUACGAACAUCGCGAGCAGGAAUGGUCAACACUUUGUCGCAGUACCAAUUCUGCUACCAGGUAGUUCAGACUUACUUGGAUUCAAGCUCCAUCUAUGAGAAUUACCGAUAAAUCAUCAGCCGUCGGUGGAACAAACUAAGACAUCAGAUUUGCAAGUCGAUUACUAUUUGUUUACAAGGGUUAGUGCUCUUUUAGAGAAUGAGAAGCCAGAACGAUAUCUCUAAUUCCACCCUACGUGAAGAAAAUUAAUGUGAAUUGUGUUUUCAGAACACCCAACAUGGGUUUUAUCGGUGGUUUUCACUCUGUUAUGUAAAAUUGAGUAUUUCUAUAUCUACAUUUCUUUUCCAUCAAUACGGGCAGCAGUCCCUUAAAAGAUUGGACCAAUGGAUCAUUGGUAUCGUGACUCAAGAUAUGGUUAAAUUUGGUUCACGCAUUUAGUGAAGUGACAGUACACAGUUGUGACGGAAGUCUGUAUUAAACACAAUGACACCAUACUGGAAUGAAUGAGAUUAUCGACAAACAUCAGUUAUACUCAGAUAUCAUGCGAAGUUUAGGAGCAAAUUGUUAAGGUACUCCUCUAAUCAAACAAAAGAGAGACAUCAGAAAGUGAAACUGAUCGCUUUUGUUAACUUUUGCAAUUUUUUAUGAAUUGUAUAUACUGCACGCGUGAACGCAUGACAUUAAUUUAUCUCAUCCGCUGUAGGUGCUACACACGUUCGAAACAAAUGCUGCUUCAUGGUACAACCUUAAUAAAUUCUCCAACUAAAUUGAUAAGAUCGCGAGGUCAAGUUAAAAUCAAGGACGAAAUCCGUUGAUGCAAUUUUUCCCGCAGUGCGCGGCGGAUGUAUAGACUUGAAAUAGAGAAUCUUUGUCAUAUAAAACGAAAGAUUUUAAUAUCAAAAUUAAAAUUCGUCUUAAUAUUAAAAUGGUGGCAUGGUUGAUACACAGAGUGGUUAAAAUUUAAUGGUUAUUUCAAUUCAGAGAACAUAACUUAUUUAGAAAGAACUUAACCCCAUGAGCAGGCACUUUUCUGUCCAUCUUACAGCCGCGAGGGUAGGAGGAAGUAGAUUUCGGCUAUCAUAUGCCCACUUUCAGUAGCAUGCAUAUUAGGACACUAUUUGAAUACAGUUGUGAUGAGUGGUAUAAGGUAUUGCUGUAGUCACCUAUAGUUGGCCCUACCCAAUGGACUACUUCAGCAGGAAAAGUUGACUUUUUAAAGUUGAUCUGUCUCGGAGAAAUGUGUGUUCUGCGAUCAUAUUAUAGACAAGCAUGUCUGAUUUUCACGACAAUGGCGUACGUGGGCCACUGUCAAGCAAUGAGAGAUAAUAGUUUCGGGUGGGAGGACUGCCUCGGCUCUUUGAGGUCUAAAUAUCACCAUCUAGAAAAGGAAGAUCGAAAUAAAUGAAGCUGUAAAUAUUUUCGGGAAACUACUUGGUUAAAGUUCACGUGUGAUGUGAACUGACUAAAUUAUUGCGAGAAAAGAACUAUCAUCCUUACUUCGUUAACCAUAAUCUUGAAUAUUUAACAAUUUUACGCUAUUUUUUGAACAAAACUCUCAAAAACCUUGUGUUUAUAAUGUUUUAUCCAGGAGGUUUAUUAUUUUUAGUUUUGGUGUAGGUUUAGCUGUGAUUUCCUAAUUUUACUCUCACCAUGUCAGGUAGUUAGCAUUCUUAUAGCGCAGGGUUAGAGGUGUCUGUCCCAGGAAAGAUCGAGACAUCAACGAUGGCAGCAGAGUUAGGUCUAGGUAAAUUUGUUCUCCCUGUUGGCGGGACAGACGUAUGCCCAUACUGCAGUUUGGGUACCAGCGUGGUGACGUUCAUUAAUUACUUAAAUGUCCAUUUAUUUCCUUAAGUUGUAACCUGUAUUGCGCCGUUGAUCAGUUUUUGGAAAUGGCGCAUUUUCAUUUUUCAACUACAUGUAGCCGUCUUGUUGUUGUUAUCGCUCGUUAUGAACAGCAUGCAUGUACUUGAAAUGUUUAGUACAUUAAAUAAACAAACAUGUGCUAUUGCCUUUUGUAGCUUAGAACUCUGAAA